AUGUCUUCUCCCAUGGGCGAUCCAGAAUCGGAGACUCACCGCGCAGACCAAGAUGAUCCCAUGGAGGGAACAGCUCAAGGCGAAGGCGACGCUGUUGCCAGCCCGGACGUCUCAGACGAUAGCUCAGAGGAGCCAGAGGAAGACGAAGAUGAAGCGAGACGUAUAAGGGAAGACUUCAUUGUGGACGAGGAUGAGGAUGAAGAGGCAGAGGCAGAUGACGAGGAAGAGCGACGGAGACGACGGAAGCGGCGAAAGAGGCGUCACCAACGAGAGCGAGAGGAGGAGGAGGAGGAAGAGGAAGCCUUGGAAGAGGAUGACUUGGAACUUCUCGAGGAAAAUACUGGGGCCUCGUUCAAGAACAGGUUGACUCGCCUUCGUCGUGCUCGGGACUCUGAGUCCCCACCUGUCCCAUCCUCAUCGAAGCGGAAGUCCGUCAUAGAAUCGUCCGAAGAUGAUUUGGACAACGAUGAUCUUGAUCUUCCCCAAGUCCAGGAUAUUCAAAACAUCUGGGAUGACGAGAGGGCCGCCGCAGGCAGGGAAGAUGAGGAAGACGCGGACAUGGAUGACAUGGACAACUUCAUCGAGUACGAAGAUGAGGAAGAGACUAGUGGUGCUAUGGAUGAGGAUGAACGCGAGGAACGACGAAAGGAGCGGAGGAGGCUGGAGAAGGCACGUCGGAAAGCAAUGGGUUCUCGACCGGAGCUUGCAGGUAUCGAUGCCAAUGCUUGGGACGAGAUUCACGAAGUCUUUGGAGACGGUCACGACUACGAUUGGGCUCUGGUCGACGACGACGAAGUGCCGUACGAUGAGGAACAAGUUAAGCCGGAAAUGAAGUACCAAGACGUCUUUGAACCUUCCGAGAUUCAGGCACGCCUUCUAACAGAAGACGAUGAUUUAAUCCGUGCACAAGACAUUCCCGAGCGCAUGCAACUCGCAACAUCGUCAUUGUCCCAAUCAUCUACCCUAUCCCUAUAUAAGCCUCUCGGCGACAAUGACAUUGAUGACGCCGCAUCAUGGGUCAUCACGCGGUUAUCGCCCCGAAAGGAGCGCGAUUUCUUCCGAGGCGACGGGCCAUACCACCAUUACCUUCGAGAUCUCGUGGAGGCCAUUUCUAAUGCCCUUCGGUUUCUCUUCGUCCAGGAAUUUGAGGUACCAUAUAUAUGGACUCACAAGCGAGACUACAUCUCGUACUUCAACCCUCAGGACCUACGGACACGUGUUGAGCUCCUCAGCUUGGAAGAGCUUUGGCGUGUCUACGCUGUCGGUCAGAAAUACCGUUCUCUGUUGGAACGCCGGCAAACACUAGAAGCUUUGUACUCGCGGCUAGGUGCCAAGGACGACUACUUCGACAAUGAGGUCCGCAAGAGGAUCGAAAAUGUUGAGAUGGUUACUGACGCUACGGAAUGGUUGGGAAUGAAAUAUCGGGAAUCCAAGAAGGACAAGUUCGAGCUUCAUUUUCAUGACGACGAGGAGCACCCGGAAGUCAAGAAGCGAAAAUUGCCCAGCCGUGUCUCUGCCUACGAGAUGGCGAAGAAGAGCAUAGUGUCCAAGCUGGCCCAGGGUUUCGGCAUCCAAGUUCACGAAGUUGUGUUGAAUUUCAUUGCGGUCAAUAAUUCACACUUCCUGGACGAGCCUGAUCUGAACCCAUUGGCGUACGCUGAACAAUUUGCUGAUCCCCACUCCAGUCGUGCGCAACCUCCAGAGGAGUUACUUGCCCGUGCACGUAUGAUUCUGGCAACAGAACUAGGAAAGGACCCUCUUCUUCGACAAGAGAUGCGCAAUGUUUUCAAGUCCGAUGCAUUGGUCUCUGUGUUACCGACAGAGCGUGGUGUGUCCAAAGUUGACGAACACCAUCCUUACUUCAAUUUCAAGUACCUCCACAACAAAAGAGCCUCCGAUAUGCUUCAGUCGGCUCAAUUUCUCCACGUCCUAGCGGCAGAGGCAGAGCACUUGGUGACAGUAUCCAUCACCCUACCAGCAGAUGCGAAAGCCUCGUUUGAACGCAGGUUGAACGAGGCUUUUGCUUCUGACGGCUUCAGCCAGACGGCUCACGCAUGGAACGAGGAACGUUCUCGCGUUGUUCAGGAGGCACUUGAGCAGCAUCUACUGCCUAUAGGUGUCAAGUGGACACGAGAAUGGAUUCGUGAAGAAGCGGAAGACUUCUUGACGGAACGCUGUGCCCACGGUCUGCGUGAAAGAGUUGACGUCGCUCCUUAUGGCACGUCUGAUAUGCAAGUUGGCGACACUCCUUCUGUCCUGGCCAUGUCAUGGGGUAAGGGUGAGCCACACAAGGACGUCAUUCAGAUGAUCUUUAUGGAUGAAGCUGGGCGACUUCGUGAACACACGCGGCUGGACAACCUUACGGACUCCGAUUCGAAAGAUGAGUUCAUGGAUAUGAUCAAGAGGCGAAAGCCCGACGUCAUCGUCCUCGGCGGAUUUAGCAUUGCCACCGCGAAACUUUCGCAGCGCGUGAAGGAGCUAUUGAAAGGGGAACCCACAGAUGAGAGUGCUCAUGUGGAAGAGCCGAUCAAUAUACCGGUCAUUUAUAUCUUCGACGAGGUGGCUCGCAUGUAUCAGCACAGCAAACGUGCCGCGGAGGAGUUCAGUGCUCUAUCGCCUCUUGCCAAGUAUUGCGUGGGACUGGCCAGGUAUACACAGAGUCCCGUCAACGAGUUUGCGGCCCUUGGGACUGAUAUUACAGCGAUCAUGUUUGACGAAGAUAACCAGCAGUUGGUACCUAAGGAGAAGCUACUGUCUGCCUUUGAGCGGGUGCUGGUCGACGUCACCAAUAAGCUCGGAGUAGACGUCAAUCGCGCGGUUACCGAUUCCUAUUACCAACAUCUUCUGCCGUUCGUAUGUGGCUUGGGUCCUCGUAAAGCACAAGUCUUGGUCAGGAAGAUCGCUUCUAUCGGUGGCAAUCUGAUCAAUCGUGAUCAAUUUAUCAAGAAUGGCUUCCUGACCACGAAGAUCUUCCUCAACGCUGCUGGUUUCCUGCGGAUCAUCCAGGAUGCGGAGACGAAGCCGCCGAAGAACCGCCACAACGAAGAUGUCGAUGUUCCAGAUCCCCUCGACAACACUCGGAUACACCCAGAGGAUUACGAGUUGGCACGUAAAAUGGCAACAGACGCACUGGAGCUCGACGAGGAGGAUAUCCACGAGGAGCAUCCUUCACACGUCGUGUCAGUCAUCAUGCAAGACGAGGACAAUGACAAGAAAUUGGACGAGCUGAAUCUGGAUGACUUUGCAGUGAACAUGUACGAGACAAACCAGGACAAAAAGCGCCAUACAUUGAACGUAAUUCGUUCUGAGCUACUGAAGCCUUUCGGGGAAGUACGCGAUCCCUUCCCUCUUCCGACCGACUGGGACGUCUUGACGAUGCUGACGGGCGAGACCCCACGUACACUGCGAGUUGGCUUGAUCGUGUCGGUGCUCGUCAUGCGUGUCAAACCCACUUUCGUGGCAGUGCGUUUGGAUUCAGGCAUAGAUGGCAUCAUCAACAAUUCAUACCUUGCCGACCAAGCAGUGGACCCUGAAAAGGUUGUAAAGAAGGGGCAAACGAUCCCCGGUGUCAUCAUCGACGUGAAGCUCAGUCUGCAGAACGACUACUUCUGGGUCGAGCUGUCUUCGCGACCUACAGACGUGAACGCGGGUGACAGCCAGUUCCGCCGUGUCAAGCACGACGAAGCUUGGAAUCAUGCCCAGCACGAUCGGGAUACGGAGAUGCAGGCUAGGAAGAAGAGAGCUGAGGUAGAUCGGACACGUAGGGUCAUCAAGCAUCCGAACUUCCACAACUUCAAUGCCCAGCAGGCAGAGCAGUAUCUCGACAAGCAGCAGCGCGGUGAUGUUGUGAUCCGACCGUCAUCCAAGGGCAUAGACCAUCUUGCCGUGACAUGGAAAGUUGACGACAAACUAUUCCAGCACAUUGACGUUGUCGAGCCAAACGCUGACCCCACUGGCCAAACUUUGGGAACCAAGUUUAUUGUGGAAGGCGGACAUCAGUUCUCGGAUCUUGAUGAGUUGAUCGUGAAUCACGUCCAAGCCAUGGCUCGGAAGGUAGAAGAAUUGAUGGCUCACGAGAAAUUCAAGCAAGGAUCCGAGGAUGAUCUUCAUCUCUUUUUGAAGAAUUUCGUAGCUGCCAAUCCGGCGAAGAGCGCAUACGGGUUCACUCUGAAUCGGAAACGAGCAGGGCACUUCAACCUCUGCUUCUUGGCCAGUAAGAACUCCACGGUGCAGACUUGGCCUGUCAGAGUAACGCCAGAAGCGUAUUACCUGUUCGAUACACCAGCUACUGGAGUGUCUGAACUAUGUGAUGCAUUUAAAGUCAGACACAUCCAUGAAUCCCAAAAUCUCGGUGGAGGUGGUCUUGGUGGCAAGACACCUUACGGUGGUCGUACACCUGCUCGAACACCAGCACCGGGACACGCGACUCCAGGUCACCUGUCGGUGAGACAAGCGAAUAGUCGGACACCAAAUCCCUAUGGAGGACAACCAAGUGCAACACCAGUAGCUGGAUUUGGAGCGCCUCCAGCAUCGUCAUUUGGGCUUCCGCCUCAAACGCCGUAUGGUUAUCAAACACCCGGAUAUCCUGCCCGACCACCAGGACCUUCCGGAUACCCUCAGCAGCAUCCGCCGCCUUCUGUACCUGCGGGUAUGAAUCCCGCGCGUGCGCAGAUGAUCCAGGAGUCCGGCGGGUGGGGCGAGCAGGGAUUAAGCGCCGUGACGUCACUGCACGCCUAUUUCGUGCUGCGACUGCGCCAUGUUUGCCGGCAGGAGUUAUCCAGACGUGUCCCAUAUUCCGAAGGAACAAGCGAGGACACCGCACCCAACGAGCAGCCCGACAGCCCACAGAACGACGACCAGACGGUGGCUUACUGGGCAUGGGGAGCAAGUGCACUGUUCCUUUCGGCUGCCGUACCUCUGAUAUUGUUCCCUCAAUUCGUCCUUUUCGCCUCCGAGACAAGCGCUCCCGAGCGGCGAGUUGCACUUACUCCCCUGGAGUCCUUCCUCUCCCUGCACGUCGGAAUUCUGCUGGUCGCUAUAUCUCUCGCGCUCGUAUUCAAUAUCCCUACGUCAGUAUUGCCGCAGACCACAGCACCUCAAGGCGCUCCAGGACAUCCGCUCUUAAGGCCCCUCGCCGGCGCAUGCGCUCUCAUAGCGUUUAUAUCCUAUAAUACGAGAUCCGUAGGGUCUCUGGGCCUCCUCCUAUUUGCAGGUUCUGCGACCGUUGGAGUCUGGGGCUUGUGGACGGAGAUGUUCGCAGGGUCAUCGUACAUCUCGAAAAAGACAGGCGCAGAUAAACGGACUUCUGCCUUCAUCUUCGGGAACAAAUCUGCGGCUUCAGUCAAGAAGAAGCUAUGGAAGAAGGGACAGGCAAAGGCAAAGGCUCAGUAG